AAUGGCCACCCGUCUAGUCAAUGACUCCUCGGUUUAGAAAGCGGUCAUGUGUUAUUAGCACCAUUUUACCGACGAAAUCGAGUGUGCCUGUCGGUUGCCGGACACUGCGAAAUCGGGUAUUUAUGGUUAAUACGUCACACAGACGUAUUUUUCCUAGAAGCUGCUGCCCGCGCAUGCGUCGCAGAUUUUCAGUACCUACGGGCUACGACUUGUAAAUAAUAGAAUUUCGGUGAUUUAGUUGAGUUUUAUUUUUCAUAGUUAUAUCUAUGAUUCUAUUGCACUAGUGUAUUAUUCAUAAUACCCAACAAUAUGUAGUUUGAAAAAUACCAUCAAAUCGAUUAUUAUUUAAUCGUUUUGCUUAAUAUAUUGAUUCUGGUUCAAUCUAACAGGGUCGAUAUCGUUGUAAUGAGUUUUUUUAAGUACUUGUUGGUGUCAUUCGUACUCCCAUUUAUAUUAUAUUGUGAAUGUCUGGAUAAUGGCAAGUAUAUUAUUUUAGUGUAUUAUUUUCUGUGAAUAUAUCUUGUGAUUAAAUAACAAAUUAUUCCAUUUAAUUACCUAUUGUACCAUUUAAAUGAUGAAUACGUUGUUCAAUUAUAUAUUCCAUAUGCCAUAAAUAUUGGAUUCUUUAAUUUAAAAUGGUUUAAAUGUACAGUAUUGUUUUGUUUUAGAUUUGGAUGAAUUUAUCAACGUCAAUACUAGUGUACAAUUAAUAACAAGGUUUUCUCAAAAUCUAAUCCAUGGAUCAAUAUUGUUUUCUCAACAUACCUCGAUUGAUGAUAUUAUUUUAAUUUCCGUUUCAUUAAAUAAUUUUGGAGAUUCUUCACAAUGGUCUUGGCAAAUAAAUGAGCUACCUGUUGAUUACAGCAUUUUAACUGAUCGGUGUACUGAUAAAAUCCUUGGAAAUAAGUAAUAAUAAUUUGAUUCUUAUUUCAUUCGUUUAUUGAAAAUUUAAACAAUAAAUUGUGUUUUUUCAUUUAUAGAUUAUUAAACUUUGAUGAGACAUUUGGAUCAUUAACAUUAGAAAAUAAUACAAGACUUCAGUUUUCUAUAUCAAAAUCUAUUCUCGAACUUACCGGUCCUUUGGGAAUUUGGUACCGAUCAUUAGUACUUAAAAACAAUGCUGGAAAUAUUAUUUGUUCAACAAUUAUGGUAUGUAUAUUUUAAUUAUAUUUUUACACUAUUAAUUUAAAAUGGUACCUAGCUAAUGUUGUGUGUUCUUGUAUAAAUAUUUUUACCUUAAAUUUGUAUUCUGUAACUAAUUUGAAUUAUAUUUGUGUAAUUGUAUGAGUUAAAUUAGUGGUUCUCAAUCGCUUUUGAAACUACCACCCCCUGAGGAGCAAUAUAUUUUUCAUCGCAACCCCCCACCCUUAAUAAAAAUAAAAGUAGUAUGCAUAAACAAAAUUAAAUAACAAAUAUAAAAUGUUUAAGUACAAAAUAAUAUACAAUGAAUAAAUACAAUAUCGAAUUGGAUAAAUGAAAUGUUUUGAAUCAAUUGUAUUAAUUAGUAAGAUGUGAAUUUAACUGUUAAAUAUAUGAUUGCUUAAAUUAAGUAUUUAUUCAUUAGAUAAAAUUUAUCCAAGUUUAUAUUAAAGAACUUGUAGCUCUGAUUGAGACUAGGUAAACUAAUCCAUUAUGUCCUUCUGUAUCCAUAUGGUAAUGUAAAACUUUUUUUUUCAAAAUAUUUCACCAUAAUUUCAGAUGUUGACCUUUUCUAUCCUGGUGUUACCAUAUGGUAAUAUCAAAAUGAUGUAAACUUCAGAUUUAAUGGGUUAAAUUAUUUUAUUAGAUGUUUUGAAUAUUGAAAUUAUUUAUUACAGCGCCAUUUGCUUCAUUGUCAUUUCAAGUGGUUCGGCUUUUUCAACACAUAAAAACUUUAUUUGAUUUAUUUAUUAAACUUUUAUUAACAUAAUAUUAUAUUGACAUAGGUGUGUAUAAAUUAAGUACAUUGAUUUUAUUAAAAAUCAUAAUUUUAAAUAGGCAAAAGAAGAUUCUGCAUUGCGGGUAGCUGAAGCAAAGUUUCAAACUCGAUUUUUUGGCAGUAUUUAUAUCUCUUGGGUUGGAAUAUCUGGAAGUUUAAUGGAUGCUGUGAUAAUUACUAAUCUUGAAGAUAGAAAAAGUUUAAAAACUGAACUCACCACCAAUAAUUGGAAAAUUUUUUCAACUGAUGUUCUUGAAACUAAAUCAGGUACGUAAAGUUAUAUGCAAUUAAUGACACACAGAGUCAAAGACUUAAAUUUGAACCUGAAGAUCCUAGUAAAAUGCCUACAUGCUAGUUAAACUAUUGUUAGCUAUGAUGAAACAAAUUUAAAAUACCUUUAUAAGAGGUAGUACUUGGUUAAAUGUAGUAAAAUGUUAUUAUAAAAGUUUUGAAAAAAGGGAUAAACUAUUGGAAAACAAAAAUUACAGUAUAAUUUAAUAUCUAUACUUUUUUAAUAUAUUUACUCUUUAGUUUGGUAUAUCUAAUACUAAAUAUAGUAAACAAAUUGGUAAUUUUGUAAUUUAACUUUUACUAAAAAUAAUUGAAUUUUAAAAAAAGUUAAAGGCUAGGUAUUUAAUUUUGUAAAAGUACCUAUUGGACAGUUUAGUCCAAAAAAGUAUAGUCAACAUUAUUUUUCAGAUAAAUCAAAACUUAAUUGUGAUGCUCUACAGAUUUUAUAUGAUCCAGAAUCUACUGGUUUGGGUAAUUUAGGCGCUCGUCUUGGACCUGUCCAUAUUGGGAAAAAGACAUUAAUUCGCGAUAGUAACCUCGCGGCAUUCGAUAUUGAGUAUGAGCAUAGAGAGUUAUAUAUGGUUAUAUUUGAUAGUGAUCGCACUGAAAAUAUUUUGGACUGUGCGCAAAUCAAUCUGAAAAAAAGCAUUACAUUCAAGUAAUAAUAUAGAUUGUACUUAUUUAAAUGAUUACAUAAACUGAAAAUAUGUAACUAUAUAUUUUAUUAUAGGGGUUUUGUGAAUGAUACAAAAAUUAAACUCGAGUUGACUUUAUGGCAAAAAUCUAAAUUUGAAGUUACUAAUGUUUAUAGUAAAGCUGAAACAAUGGAAAGUGAUAUUGCUUUAAGAUUGCAUGAAAUGCCACAAAUUCCAAAAACAUAUAAAACUCCAUUAAAUAUAAAUAACAGUUGUUUGGGUAUUGGUAAUAUUUUUAAUCCAACUGGUAAAUCAUUUCCUGCUGCAGCUGAAAGACUAACUCAAGAUCAAUAUGCAAUUGGUGACCUAAGUGGCAAAUACAAUUAUGAGAGUUCCAGUUGGGAUGUGUUUUUACCACUAUUUGGAACAAAUAGUGUUAUUCAUAGAUCAUUAAUUUUAUACAUGUAAAUGACAAGUCUUUAUUUUUUAAAUAUAGGAAUUAAUUUUAUUAAAUUGUUAAUUUUUUUAUUUUAGAAAUAAAGAAAUGUGGACUUGUACAACAUUAAUACCAUAUAUGGGUCCCAAUUCCCAAAUUAAAAUUUCUUACAUUACAGCAGAGGCAAUUUUCCGUUAUCCUCUAGUGGGUAGGAUUGUAUUUCGGCAACUAAUAGAUGUUGGAGCUACUGAAACUAUUGUGAUUAUUGAAAGUUUAGUCCAUGCUGAUGGUACUACACUUAAAAAUUCGGAUCAACAUAGAUGGUCUAUAAAUGCACAGCAACCUGGUAAAGAUUUUUAUAGUUGGAUGGAUCGAUGUAAAAGUGCUGGCCCUAUCUAUGAUCCUCACAAGGUAUUAUUAUUAGAUUUUCAUUUAAAAUCAUAAAUUAUUAAUAUGUUUUCUAUAAUAUAUUUAUUAAUCAUCUUUAAAAUUAGGUUGUCAAAAAUAACAUGACAUCUUUAUGCAGUAGAUCUCUUAAAUACUGCAGUGUAGGCGAUUUAUCUUCUCGUAUAAAUAGCCUGUCAAUAGCUGGUAAUAAAUUAAACUCAAUAGGUAUAAGUAGACAAAUGUUUGUGGAUGAGUAUAUAUCGUUGUUUGGAAUAAAUUCAAUUUUCGGUAAAUCACUCGUGAUUUAUGAUGAUCAUGGGCCACAAGCUCGUGGAGAUCGUUUAGCUUGUUCAAAGUAAUGUUAUCAAAGUACAGCUUCUUUUACAAUUAAAGACAUGGUGGAUGUAUUUCAAAAUUAACAAAACUUGCAUGAUUUUAUUAUUUUUUUACAAAUUUCAAACACAGUAGUAGAAAUUAUACAACAGAAAAAUGUUAAACCUAACAUAUAUUUGUAAUUCUAUAAUAUUAAGAAUAACAUUACUGAAUGAAGUAGUGUUAAGUUAUUUUUUAGAGAAGGGUGGUGUGUAUUCAAACAUAAUUAGUAAUAAACUAAUAAAAUAAAAUUUAUUGAUAUUGUAAAUAUUUUAAAUACAGUCAAAAUCACUUAAAUAAAAUAAUAUGAAUUUUAAUUUAAUACUUAUAGAUUUUUUUUUCAUACAGUUAAUAAUAAAACAUUUAUAAGUUAAUAUUUUUACUUAACUUAACCAUGGAUACAACAAAUACAAUUAAGUCUAAUGAAGUUAAUUUUAUUUGAUUUUGACUAUAGUGUAUUAUAUAUUUUAUAAUUUUUAAAUUAAAUAUAUAUAUAAAAUAUUAUAUUCUUAAUGGUAUUGGGUUUAAAUUAUAAAUAUUUUAUAAAGUUUAAAGAUAGUUAAAAUGUUUGAAUAAAAAAUUUGAUAAUGUCUAUUAUAAAUUUUAGGAUUGAAAAAGUAUGGCACCGAAAAGCAGUAAUUAAGGAUUGGUAUAGCAAUAGUAAUGUUAUUUCAGUAUCUGGUAAAAUUGAAUUGUUUCAACAAACUGAGUAUGAUCCGGUUGAUUUUGAAUUUAAUCUACAAGGUGUACAAGGUGGAAAUGAUUAUUAUGUUUAUUCUGUAAGUUAUUAAUAUUUUUUAUUGAAAACUAAGUAAAUAUUUUAUAAUCCUAUAUUUAUUGUUUAAUAUUUGUCGAACUAGAAUCCAGUUGAUGGAAGUUUAGAUUUACCAUGUGAAGGUUCAAAUUUAUAUGAAAUUUGGGAUCCAUGGGAUAAUAAAAAUACUGAAGGUUUACGAUACGGUGAUUGGAGUUUACGAUUUGGUUCAAUAAAUGGUGCUAGGACAUUGUCUGCUAUUGGCAAUGAUACCAAAGUUCAGUUAUUUGGUCAAUUAGUAUAUUUAGGUCGAUCAGUAGUAAUACAUGGUACACCUUCUAAAAAAAGGUAAACACAUAUUUUUUUUUAUGUUAUUCACUUGAAUGUUUAAUUUUAAUUUCAUGCAGAACUUUGUGUUUAUAGAUUAGUAUGUUCUACAAUAGAAAGAGGCUACGCUCCAUCUGAAGCACGUGAAAUAAGAGCAAUGGCUUCUUUUCAUAACCCAAAUGGUUUUCUCUAUGGCUAUAUUCGAAUGGUUAGUAUUCAAUUAAUUUAUUCAAUAAUUUAUAGGUUUUAAUUUUUUUUAUACAUGUACAUUUCAGACCCAAUUAGUUUAUAAUGAUGGAACUAAAAGUGACACGGUAAUUGAAGUUAAUUUACAUUAUCCUGGUUCAUAUAACAAGAAUAUGGUGAGUUUUAUAAAAGACAAAUAUUUAAAUUGAGUUUGUUGUAUUAUAACUAAAGAAAAAUUAUUUUCAAGACAAAAGGUCAUAAAUGGGCUGUUUAUGUUAAUUCAGUGGGUAUAGAUGCAACAGUUAAAGACCUUGGAACACGAUGCACGGCUGCUGGAUACAUUUGGAAUCCUUAUUAUACUCAACUGGCUGAUCCAUUGAAUGUAAAGCUUUUGUAAUACUCAGUUCGUUAAGGUUAAAAAAAAUGAAUUAAUUAUUUUAAAUUAAUAGGUAAAUCUUUAUGAAAAUGAGUGUGGGCCUGAUCAACCUUUACGUUGUUAUGUUGGAGAUAUAUCUGGUCGUUUGGGUAAUAUUGACAUUGGGUCACAUUCAAUGGUAUUUUCUGAUCCAAAUUUACCUUUAGGUAAUAGUUUAUAUAUUAUAUUUAAAUAUAUAUACUAUGAAAUUAACUCUAGUAAAAUGUGUUUAUAAUUAAUAUAUAAUUGUAGAAGGAAGCAUUUCAGCAGUUGGUAGAUCAAUUGUAGUGUUUGCAAAAAAUGGUUAUGAAAAACUUGCAUGCGCCAACAUUGAAUAUGAUAAAGAUAUCAUAAAAUAUGCCAAUGUAAGAAAAACUACCAAGUAUGAAACAACAAACUUUUUUGAAUCUGUUCGAAAUGUAAUGGGAGUUCCAGAUUGGAUGUUAACCGUAGAUAGUAGAAAAACCAAAUUAUUAUAUAAUGAAGCUUGUAUCCAGUAUCUGGUACACUUUAAAGGUAAGUUUACCCCAGUUUUUAAUAAUUGAAUGGUCAUACUAAUUUUUUAUUUUACUAGGAGCGAUAGCUAAUGAUUUAGAAUCGGACUUCAGUAAACUCUUAGCGAUUGGCCAGUUGCCUGCGCAAACAUUAAGAAUAAGUGGUUAUUAUCCAGUUAAAGUUGAACUAAGUAUUCCUUAUCAAGGUUGUCCUGUAUACAACAAAAAAUUAGCCUCUAGUAAAUAUUAAAAUGUUUAUCUGUAUGGAACUAACUGAUUUAUAUGCACUUAAAAUCCACAAAAAAUAUUUAAAAAAGUAAAACCAAUAGAGUGGUUUAAAAGAAAUCCCUUCUUAUAACUCUAAAUAAUUAAAUACAAUUUUGCAACUCUACAAAAAAGAUAAACAUAAAGUAAUUUGUUUAAAUUUUAAACAAAAAUGUAUGUAUUAUUCAAUAAAUUAUUUUAUUACUAAAUACUUUACUAGUACUCAAAAAUUUUAUAAGUUAAAACCAUUAAAGGAGAUAGGGUUAAAAAACCCCUCUACUAUUUUUAUUUUUAAAGGUUUUUUUUUUUUUUUUUAAACACCUUUUUUUAUGAAUUUUAAUGACAUAUAAAUCUGUUCAUAUUUAUUGCUAAUUUUGGUACAAUAUAAUCUUAUUGUAUGACUAUUUAUUUGCUUUAGAUAUAUCAUCUGCGGGGAAGUGGAUCAAAAGCAAUUAUUUAGCUGUAGUGGCAAUUAUUUUAUUUAAUAUUAUACCAUCAUAUUAUUAUAGCUAAAUUCCUUUAUUUUAAGUUAACUAUUUUUUUUUCAUCUCAUUACAUAUCAAUAAUGUCAUUAUAUUAUUCUCAUAACAUAAUAUUGACUACUAUAAUUAUUUAAAAAAUGAACAUAUAAAUAAAUAUUGAAUUAAAAUAAUAGUUAUGCCCAGUAAAUAACUAUAUCAAAUAAUAUAGUUAAUAUAAUAUAGUUUUUUUCCUAACAUAUAAUUUGAAUUUAAUUACAGAUUACAAUAUUAUGCUUUAUUUUAUAAUUCCAUUAAAGUGUGUGUACAGUAUGUUUUUUGCCUAAAAACAUGCUUUACAGAAUUAAAUCUCCUGUCUUGUACAGUGGUCCAAUUUUGAUAAUUUUUUACUUUUUUGGAGAUAAACAUUUUAUACAGGGGCCUAUAGGAAAGUUAUACUUCCAAAUACUUUCAUGAGUGUUCUUUGAGUGUGACCAAUUUUUACUAUUUUUAAACUUUUUUUUAGUGGUUUUUGGUUACAUAAUCAAAAAUCAAUUAUUAAAAAAAAUUAAAAAGCAAAAUCAGACAGGAGAGGUAACCCGUUAAACAACUUUUUGAGCAACAAAAAAAACUAAAUGUUUUAUUUUUCUGAUGGACAUACUGUUGAUAUGUUUAUGAACGUAAUGUAUGUGAUUAUGGUGGACAUUAACAAGCACUACAAUGCCCUGCCGCACAUAAUAUCGAAAAACAAAUAUUUCAAAUGUCUGUAUGCAUAUUUAUUUAUGGAAAUGAUUAUAAAUGACCAAAUAAUACGUUUUUAACAAACAGGUUUUCUAAUAACUGCAAUAUCAUAAAAAUACAUUUCUUUUAUAUACAAUUCAUUCCAUAAUAUGUAUGAUUUUAAUGAAAUUUUAUAUUAUUUUCAAAUGAUUCCUUUUUGACAAAACACGAGCCAUAAUGUAAUCCAUAUCUUAAUAUUAUGGUUUUGCUUAUUUAUUU